AUGGAGGCACCAGACUUUGAGUGGCCUCCUCUUUAUGUCCCCGUGCCACCACCCGCGCCGCCCCUGCCUGUGGUCCAAAUCGAGGGUCCCGCGGAGGGGGGAGCACGGGCCCCAGCUCAAGCGGCUCCACCCGCUGCGCCGCCGCCACUGGGCAUGCCGCCAGCGGGGGCGAGGCAGCAUCCUAUGGUUACCAGAUCUCAGGCGUCAACGGCUCCGGCCCAAACGCCAUGGGGCUGGGACUUCACGUGGUGGAGCCCGGCUCUAUCCAAGAUGGUUGAGAGCCAAAUUGAAGCCAGAAGGGGCUCUUUUCCGGGUUGCUCCGCUCCCGGUUCCCCCGUUCCUGGUUCCCCUGAGGAGCUUGUUCGGAGCCCUGGCAGUGCAGUUCGGGUUAAGACCCAGGUAGCCGAGGAAAAGGAAACUACCCCGCCAGGGGGCACAGCGGCCCCGCCCGACCCGAGCGCCUCACCCAGCUCCCCAGUGGCCCAAAUAAUGCCACUGCGGCAGGUCCAGACGCCUCAGUUUUUGGGAGCAAACGAGCAGGUGCAGGGAGGUCAGAGCCGCUACCUUUAUACUCCCUUCUCCUCUGCUGACCUUCUUAAUUGGAAAACUCAUGUGGCCUCCUACACCGAGAAGCCGGAAGCUCUUACAAAACUUUUGACUAGCAUAAUGGGGACUCACAGCCCAACGUAUUUGGACUGUCAGCAGCUUUUCUUGACCCUCUUCACAACGGAGGAGCGCCAACGCAUUCUAAGGGCGGCCAAAAAGAAGGCCGAAGAGGCCACCCCCGCUGAUGUGGCUAACCGCGCCCAAUGGCUAGCAGAAAGUUUCCCAGAGACUGACCCUAGUUGGGACGCAAAUAACACAGACCAUAUGAGACUGUUGAGGGCUUCCAGCGGCUACCUCAUAGCUGGAAUACAGGAGGCAGCCAAAAAGGCCACCAACAUAAGCAAAAUCGGGGAGGUUCUGCAGAAGCCAGAUGAGGCCCCAGGGGCUUUCCUUGAGCGGCUGUAUGAGGCUUACCGAUUGUAUUCACCUUUUGAUCCAGAGGCGGCUGAAAAUCAGCGGAUGGUAAACUGCGCGUUUGUGAGCCAGGCCGCGUCAGACAUUAAACGAAAGCUGCAGAAGCAGGAAGGGUUUGCAGGCAUGAACAUUACCCAGUUAUUAGAAAUAGCCCAAAAGGUGUUUGUGAAUCGAGAGCAAGAGGUUAAAAAGGCAGAAGACAAGAAGAUGAAAAUGAAGGCCGCUCUGCUCGCCGCGGCCAUAGGGGAACGGAAUAGAAAUCAGAAUAAUGGGAGGGCUCGAGCCAUGCCCCAGAGGGGACCCCAAGGGCCAGGGGCCGUGAGGCCGCCGUUGGCACGAAAUGAAUGCAGUUUUUGCCACGAAUUGGGACAUUGGCGUAACACCUGCCCGCAAAGGAACCUAGCCGCCCCUCUCGUUUCUGUGGGGAGAGGCAGAGGUCGCGGAGGAAUGCCACCCAUAAGGGGACGAGGACGGGAACCCCGUUACGAUCAAAGGGCGCCCAUGGGAGACAUGGAUUUCAUAGGCCUAGCCGCUAUGGGACCCCAGGACCCAUGGGACGAUUUGGCCAGACCGGGUUCCCUAUCGCUUGGCCCCAGGGAACCCAUGGUCAAGACCAAGGUGGGGGGCCGUGAUCUAUCAUUCAUGAUUGAUACCGGGGCUGAAUUCUCAGUCGUCAACACGCAGGUGGCGCCCACCACCAGACAGACUGUGCCCAUUGCAGGGGCCACUGGAAAGACAGGCCCAAGACCUUUUCUGCAAGACCGUAUUUGUGACCUGGGAACCCACCUUGUCCAGCAUAAAUUUCUGUAUGUCCCCGAGUGCCCCCUCCCGUUGUUGGGGCGAGACCUACUGUCUAAGCUAAGAGCAGCCAUCUACUUCGAGGAAGAUGGUCAGGCCAGUGUGGAAUUCAGGGCUAAGCCCACUGGUGUCUUUGUGCUCACCUGCCCGCUGGAAGAGGAAUGGUGGCUCUUCCAGGCAUCCCCAGAGAAAAACUUGUCGGAUCAGUGGGCUUCCAUCAUUCCAGGAGUUUGGGCAGAAGACAAUCCGCCAAGCAUACAGCCUGUUCGCCUGUGGCAGUACCCCAUCCCCUGGAAGGCCAUAGAAGGCAUUCAAAAACAUUUGGACAGACUAUUAAAAUAUGGCAUCCUCAAAGAGUGCCAGAGCCCCUGGAACACCCCAUUGCUCCCAGUUCAGAAGCCCGGUACUGGCGAGUUUCGGCCUUGCCAAGACUUACGAGCAGUGAAUAAGAAGACUGUGACUCUACAUCCAGUGGUACCAAACCCUUAUGUUCUGCUGGGAUUGGUGCCACAACAGGCUGACUAUUUCUCAGUCUUGGACCUAAAAGAUGCCUUCUUUUGUUUGCGAAUUGCCCCAGUAAGUCAGCCCAUCUUUGCGUUCCAGUGGCAAGAGCAAGGCACUGGAAGAAGGCUCCAAUACACUUGGACGUGCCUUCCCCAAGGGUUCAAAAACAGCCCCAUUUUGUUUUCCAAUGCGUUGGCACAAGACCUGCAGAACUUCGAUGCGGUCCCGGGCGAGUGUGUCCUAAUUCAAUAUGCUGAUGACUUGCUCAUAGCCGCCCGGGGACAAGAACGCUGUUACCAGGCAACCCUCGAGCUUCUAGAUUUGCUGUGGAGAGCAGGGUAUAAAGUCUCAAGAAAGAAGGCCCAACUAUGUCAAGCCCAAGUGAAGUAUUUGGGGUUUCAUGUAGCCCAAGGGACUCGCACGUUGGGCCGAGAAAGGAAGGAGGCUGUUUGCGCCCUGCCAGAACCCUCAUCAUGACGACAGGUUCGAGAGUUUUUAGGAGCAGCAGGAUUCUGUUGGGUGUGGAUCCCAAAUUUCGCCUUGAUCGCCAAGCCCCUGUAUGAAGCUACAAGAGGGGGGGAGCGGGAUCCAUUCCCGUGGACGGAUGAGCAGAAGAACGCCUUCAAGGAACUGAAGCGGCUACUGAUGGAAGCCCCCGCCUUAGGGUUACCAGAUGUGGAAAAACCCUUUACCCUCUUCGUUCAUGAAAGGCAGGGAGUGGCAAUUGGUGUUUUAACUCAAGCCCUUGGUUCCUGGCAGCGCCCUGUGGCCUAUCUCUCAAAGCAACUAGAUUCGGUCGCUAAGGGCUGGCCAGGCUGCAUCCGAGCUGUCGCUGCGACCGCAGAACUCAUCAAGGAAGCCGACAAGCUGACCCUAGGGCACGAGCUGGAAGUACAGGUGCCUCACGCCGUCCUGACCCUGAUGGACUACAAAGGUAACUAUUGGUUCACAAACAGCCGGAUGACAAAGUACCAAGCCAUGAUGUGUGAGAACCCACGAAUCCGAUUGACUGUCACCGGAGCUCUGAACCCUGCAUCCUUGCUUCCCAUCAGCGAUCAGCCUGGUGAACACGAUUGCAUCCAGACCAUGGACGAGAUCUAUUCCAGCCGACCCGACUUAACGGACACUCCCCUGUCCGAUCCGGAUGUUGAAUACUACACGGAUGGAAGCAGUUUCAUGCAGGGCGAGCAUCGCUAUGCUGGAUAUGCGGUCGUUACAUGCCAGAGAACUGUGGAAGCACGACCCUUGCCCCCAGGAACAUCUGCCCAGAAGGCCGAAUUGAUCGCCCUGACCCGCGCACUGGAAUUGGCAGAAGGAGUGACUGCAAACAUCUACACCGAUUCCAAGUAUGCCUUUUUGACCUUGCACGCCCAUGGAGCACUAUACAAGGAAAAAGGACUUAUAAAUGCCGCAGGGAAGUCCAUCCGGUACGGUACGGAAAUUUUAAAAUUAUUAGAGGCCGUUUGGGCCCCACGAAAGGUCGCCGUAAUGCACUGCCGGGCUCAUCAAAAGCCCCUCAGCCCUGUAAGUAUGGGAAACUGAAAAGCCGAUGAGGCUGCCAAAUGGGCAGCAACCCAAGGAGUCGAGCAGAAAUGGGAGACUCCCGUUUGCCCCAUAUUCCAGGUUAAGUUGUCUGAGUGGAGCCCCCGAUAUAGCAAAGCUGAGGACGCGUGGGCUGAGGCCCAUGGGGCUCCCAAGGCCCGAAUACAAGGGUGGAUCCAGCUGCCCGAUAAUCGGCUGCUCGUACCUGAAUCCCUAGCAUGGCCCCUUGUGUUACAGGCUCAUGAGGGAACCCAUUUUGGGAAAACUGCGUUAGCAGAACUACUAGAUAGGCAAGUGUAUAUUUCAAAAUUGCACAGUUUGUGUGAAAAAGCUGCCCUUCGGUGUGUUUCUUGUGCCCAGAAUAACCCAAGACAGGGUCCAAAUCAUCCCCCAGGUAUACAGCAUAUAGGGACAACCCCCUUUGAAUCUAUUAUCACUGAUUUUACAGAAAUGCCUCGUGCAGGUUGUUGGAAAUACUUGCUUGUAUUUGUGUGUACUUAUUCUAAUUGGAUUGAAGCCUUUCCGACAAGAACGGAAAAGGCGGCAGAGGUAGUGAAACAUUUGUUAAAAAGCAUUCUCCCUUUCUGGGGGUUACCAGUAAUGAUUUCCUCCGAUAACGGACCGGCGUUUGUUCAUAAAGUGGUGCAGGAGGUGUCACGGGUGCUGCACAUUAACUGGAAGCUGCACGCAGCCUAUAGACCACAGUCUUCGGGAAAAUGUGAGCGAGCAAACAGGUCUAUAAAAGCCCAGCUUUCUAAAUUGUGCCAAGAAACUAGUCUGAAAUGGCCAGACGCAUUGCCCAUUGCCUUGUUUAGAUUGCGUUGCCUGCCCAAGAAGGAGCUGAAAGUUAGCCCAUACGAAGUGGUCUUUGGGCGGCCACCUCCCAUAGUGAAAGGGAUAAAAGGUGACCCAGCCCAGAUUAGGAAUCUUGUUUGGUUCCAGGAGAUACAGUCACUGGGCAGAGCAAUGAAUGAUGUAUCUAAAUAUGUGUUAGAGACUCUCCCUUUGCAGGUCCAUAAUCCGGUCCACCCGUUCCAACCCGAGGACUCCAUCGGGGUAAAGAUUUGGAGAGCCCAGCCGCUCCAGCCACGGUGGAAAGGCCCGUUCACUGUUUUACUUUCUACCCCAACUGCAGUUAAGGUCCAAGGACUGCCCAGGUGGAUCCAUUGGACGCAUCUGAAGCGGGCGGCUACUGACUGGCAGGUGCAGCCGAUCCCCGGGGACGGGUUGCGACUGAAGCUCACUCAAAGAAACCGCCCUCUGGACCUCGCUCACCGGAGGUAG